UCUGCGCCAGAAGCUGAUGCUAGACUAAUGCCAUUCCGUGGCCUAGUAUGAAAUAAAGCGAUGCUGCUUAUUUAGACGGGGGAGAGAGAGCUGGACAGGAUUAAAGCGAAGAGCGCCGGUUUAUACUGUUUUAGACACGCUUUAGGAAAACUUCUGUGGGCUGUGGGAGGCCGGUUCUGUGAAGGAGGAGGAAAUGCGGGCGGUUUUUUUGCCGUUGGGAUCUGUAGCAGCGCUAUGAUUUAACGGAUAAUGCAGAAUUAUAUGGGGGAUUGCUAUAGUAACGCUAGCUGACAGGAGAGAUUGGCCUCGAAUAAAACCGCUGUGUUGCGAAGUAGUUAGCCACCUUCAGGCGGUUUAUUAGGAGGAUUUUUUCGGUCGUAAAACGGAGGUUUGGCAUCUUGGACCCAUCCCUGCUCUGUUAACAGCGGUGUAACUGUAUUUGGUUACUGGAGACGGGAUUAUAACUGAACUGGGAUGGACAAUGCCCAUACCAAGACGGUCGAGGAGGUGCUGGGGUACUUUGGGGUAAAUGAGUCCACAGGCUUGAGUAGUGAGCAGUUGAGGAAAAGCAGAGAGCGAUGGGGUCCCAACGAAUUACCGGCAGAAGAAGGGAAGUCUCUAUGGGAACUGGUGCUGGAGCAGUUCGAGGAUCUGCUUGUGCGGAUUCUCCUCCUUGCAGCCUGUAUUUCCUUUACCCUGGCUUGGUUUGAGGAGGGUGAGGGCACCAUCACAGCCUUUGUUGAGCCUUUUGUCAUUCUUCUAAUCCUUAUUGCCAAUGCUAUUGUUGGAGUCUGGCAGGAGCGUAAUGCAGAAAAUGCCAUUGAGGCCCUAAAAGAGUAUGAGCCAGAGAUGGGGAAGGUGUACAGACAGGACAGGAAGAGUGUACAGAGAGUCAGAGCAAGAGAUAUUGUUCCUGGAGACAUAGUGGAGGUGGCAGUGGGUGAUAAGGUACCAGCGGACAUCAGACUGACCUCCAUUCGCUCCACCACUCUGAGAGUGGACCAGUCCAUUCUGACAGGGGAAUCUGUCUCUGUGCUGAAACACACCGACCCUGUACCUGACCCACGAGCUGUCAACCAGGACAAGAAGAACAUGCUCUUUUCCGGCACGAACAUUGCAGCGGGGAGAGCAAUAGGUGUUGUAGUAGCCACUGGUGUACAGACAGAAAUCGGAAAAAUCAGGGAUGAGAUGGCAGCCACAGACCCAGAGAGAACUCCCUUACAGCAAAAACUUGACCAGUUCGGGGAGCAACUUUCAAAGGUGAUCACUGUGAUCUGUGUGGCAGUAUGGGGCAUUAACAUUGGCCACUUUAGUGAUCCUGUGCAUGGAGGUAGCUGGCUGAGAGGAGCUGUGUAUUACUUUAAGAUCGCUGUGGCCCUGGCAGUAGCGGCUAUUCCAGAGGGUCUUCCUGCUGUCAUCACUACCUGCCUUGCACUGGGAACACGGCGAAUGGCGAGGAAGAAUGCCAUUGUCCGCUCGCUGCCCUCUGUAGAGACGCUGGGCUGCACCUCGGUCAUCUGCUCUGACAAGACUGGCACACUGACCACCAACCAGAUGUCCGUCUGCAGGAUGUUUGUUGUGGAUCUUGUUGUGGGUGAGAGGUGUGUAAUGAAUGAAUUCACAGUGACUGGAUCUACCUAUGCUCCUGAAGGGGAAGUGUAUAAGGAUGGUGCAGUUGUGCGCUGCAGUCAGUUUGACUCUCUGGUGGAAAUGGCCACCAUCUGUGCUCUGUGUAAUGAUUCAUCUCUGGAUUACAAUGAGAGUAAAGGUGUGUACGAGAAAGUUGGUGAGGCUACAGAAACAGCUCUGUGCUGUCUGGUGGAAAAGAUGAACGUAUUUGACACAGACCUGAGGAGUCUUACCCCUGUAGAGAGAGCCACGGCUUGCUGUUCGGUGAUAAAGCAACUAAUGAGGAAGGAGCUGACUCUGGAGUUUUCUCGGGACAGGAAGUCCAUGUCCGUCUUCUGCUCACCUAAUAAACUCACUCGCUCAGCCACAGGAGCCAAGAUGUUUGUUAAGGGCGCUCCAGAGAGUGUGCUGGAACGUUGCCGCUGGAUUCGGGUAGGAGGAGGUGCUCGGGUGCCUUUGACCACAGACCUCAGGGAGCAGUUGUUAGGUACAGUGAGAGAGUGGGGUUCAGGUCGGGACACCCUGCGCUGCCUUGCCAUGGCCACCAGAGACUCACCCCCUGACCCACGAACACUGAACCUUGAGAACUCUUCUGCCUUCACAGAGUAUGAGUCGGACCUGACAUUUGUGGGCUGUGUGGGGAUGCUGGACCCUCCCAGGAAAGAAGUUCUGAGUGCAGUACGCAUGUGCAGACAGGCUGGUAUUCGUGUCAUCAUGAUUACAGGUGAUAAUAAAGGCACAGCACUGUCAAUCUGUCGGCGUGUUGGCAUCAUCACAGAGCAGGAAGAAGAAGAGGCUGAAGGUGCUCCCUUUGGCGGAGGGCUGACAGGACGAGAGUUUGAUGAGUUGCCCCCCCAUAUGCAGCGCCAAGCCUGUAGAACUGCCCGUUGUUUUGCUCGUGUUGAACCCACGCACAAGAGCCGCAUUGUAGAGUACCUUCAGAGCCUCAGUGAUAUUACAGCUAUGACAGGUGAUGGAGUAAAUGAUGCCCCCGCUCUGAAGAAAGCCGAGAUCGGCAUAGCGAUGGGAUCUGGAACAGCAGUAGCUAAAUCAGCUUCAGAAAUGAUCCUGGCAGAUGAUAACUUCUCUACUAUAGUGGCUGCAGUUGAGGAGGGCAGAGCCAUCUACAACAACAUGAAGCAAUUCAUCCGCUACCUUAUCUCCUCUAAUAUUGGAGAGGUGGUCUGCAUUUUCCUGACUGCUGCACUGGGCAUGCCCGAGGCUCUUAUCCCCGUCCAGUUACUGUGGGUGAAUCUGGUGACAGACGGCUUUCCAGCCACAGCUCUCGGAUUCAACCCUCCAGACUUGGACAUUAUGUCACGUCCCCCGCGCUCACCGAAAGAACCUCUCAUCUCGGGCUGGCUCUUCUGCAGAUACCUCAUCAUUGGCUGUUAUGUAGGAGUGGCCACAGUGGGUGCAGCUGCUUGGUGGUUCAUGGCAGCACAUGAUGGACCUAAGCUCUCCUUCUAUCAACUGUCUCAUUAUCUGCAGUGCAGUGAGGGGCAUGCUGACUUUGCUGGAGUUCAGUGUUCUGUAUUUGAGUCUCCGUAUCCAAUGACGAUGGCCCUGUCAGUGCUGGUUACGAUUGAAAUGUGCAAUGCGCUCAACAGCCUGUCUGAGAACCAGUCUCUGCUGAAAAUGCCUCCAUGGUCCAAUCCAUGGCUGGUGGGAGCUAUCUGCCUCUCCAUGGCUCUGCAUUUCCUUAUCUUAUAUGUGGACCCGCUGCCUGUGAUUUUCCAGAUCCGGCCUCUGUCCUGGCCGCAGUGGGUGACCGUCCUGAAGAUGUCUUUGCCGGUUAUCCUGAUGGACGAAGCUCUCAAAUUCUUGGCCAGAAACUACAUUGAACCCAGCAAUGACUUGGAGCAGGAGGAGGAAGAGAGGCUGCAGCGACUACAAGGCGACGGCGGGGCAGUCGGCGGUUUUACAGGAAAGAUACGCCGGGCUCUGAAGGGCGUAUCCUGGGCUUUCGUGUUCAUCUCCGCUCCACUGUUAGCCUGGAUCUACAGCCUGGACUCAGACAUCACCAACAUCUUCUGGGAGUAGGCAGCGAGAGGGUGUGAGCAAGUGAGAGAAAGAAAGAAAGAAAGA